AUGAAGUGCGUCUUCAAUACCGGGGAGUCAUUUGCGAAAUGCUUCCCGCCUAUCGGAAAGGUAGAGUGUGCACCUUGCAAGAAGGAUUCUGACUGUCAGUCGGGCAAGUGCUUUGGAACCGAAGCGCUCGGAUACAAGUGUGUGCUCAAUACGCAGGCUUCGAUUGAGAAGUGCUUCCCGAAGAAGCCUGAGUGCGCCACCUGCAAGAGGUCUUCUGAAUGCUCUACAGGGAAGUGCUGGGGAACCGAAGCGCUCGGAUAUAAGUGUGUCUUCAAUACAACAGCUUCAAUUGAGAAGUGCUUCCCGAAGAAGCCUGAGUGCGCCACCUGCACGAGGUCUUCUGAAUGCUCUACAGGGAAGUGCUGGGGAACCAGCAAAAUCGGGUACAAGUGCGUGUACGACAACCCAGAAUCUAUAGACAAGUGCUUCCCGAAGUAUCAUCUAUAGACAAGUACUUUCCGAAAAGACCUGAGUGUGCAACUUGCAAGAGCAGUUCCGAAUGCUCCAGCGGCAAAGGCUGGGGUACGGAAGAGAAGGGCUACAAGUGCGUGUACCUUUCUCAUGACUCGAUUCGCAAGUGCUUCCAUUAGACAUGUUUUUUAGAUAUUAGAUACCGAUGUUUAGGCGCAGAAAAUUCCGAAUACGAUAAAGCCAUCUUAUGAGGCAAACACAGCUCCGCUGAUGUUGUCUUUUUU